CCUCAGCCUUCAACUUCCUCUCUCGCUUUUAUCUUCUCCAAAGCGCUUGUGAUUCCUUUUGAAUAAAGAAGAGAAAGAAGUACUCUUUGGUCUUCUUUCUCUUAUAUAUAAAUUACCCAUUCUCUUAACAUAUUUAACUAAAACCCUAAUUUUUCUUCCUCAAAUACUUUAACAUGGGUGGUUGUGCUAGUAAGCCAAAGACAGGCAUUGAGAAAGAAGUCACCCCUUUGCCUGUGGAAGAGUCAAAGAAGGAGGUCGUACCCAAGGAAGCCAAGGUCGAAAAUGGAGAAAAAGAAAGCGAUGAUCAAGUUGAUGAGAAGAAGGUUGAUGUGAGCGAAAAGAAGGUUGAGGAGGAUACCCAGCCGCUCUCUCUUGGAUGUUUGCUCAUUCAGGACAAAAAAGAAGUAGAAAUUCCAACUGAAACAAAAAAAGAAGAACCCAAAGAAGAAGUAAAGGUUGAGGCAGCGAAACCAAUAGAAGCAGCACCGGAAGCUACCCCCAUCGUUGCACUGACGACAGCUGAACCCCAAAAAGCAACCGCCGUUGUAGAAGCAGCUGAACCCCAAAAAGCCACCGCCGUUGUAGCAGCAGCUGAACCCCCAAAAGCCACCGCCGUUGUAGCAGCAGCUGAACCCCCCAAAACCACCGCCGUUGUAGCAGCAGUUGAACCUCCAAAAGCCACCGCCAUUGUAGCAGCAGUUGAACCCCCAAAAGCCACCGCCGCUGUAGCAGCAGUUGAACCCCCAAAAGCCACUGCCGUUGUAGCAGCAGCUGAACCCCCAAAAGCCGCCGCCGUUAUACAAGCAGCGGAACCACAAAAAGCCACCGCGGUUGUACCCGCAGCUGAACCUCAGAAAGCCACCGCCGUUGUAGAAAUAGCUGAACCCCAAAAAGCCACCGCCGUUGUAGCAGCAGCUGAACCCCAGAAAGCCACCGCCGUUAUAACAGCAGCUGAACCCCAGAAAGCCACCGCCGUUGUAGCAGCAGCUGAACCACAAAAAGCCGCCGUGGAGGCAGCAACAGAGCCGAAAAAAGCCACCGACGGAGAGAAAACCGGCGUGGAGGUACAAUCAUCGGCGGAAAAGAAAACAACGGUUGAUGAGGCAGCAUCUCCGGCAGUGACAACAAAAAAGCAAUGAUUGUUAAAUUGAGGGAAACUAGAGAGAGACAGAAGAUUUAAAGAAAAAGAACAAAAUGGAUUUCGUUGUAUUUGGAACAAAAUAUUUAAUUUCUUUACCAAUAUUCAUUAAGAAAAUUGCUCAUAAUUAAUUUGGUUCUUCUUUCAUUGAUAAUGUAUAAUAGAACUUGAAAAUAAUGAAAAAAAAAAAAGUCUUGUUUGAGGUUGUUCCAUUUA